UUAAGAUGCUGGCGCAGCGGGGCCGCGCCGGGCCGCAGAGCAGCCGCGUCGCUGGCCGGGGCGCGGGAGCCGGGGGGUGUGUGCGCGCGAGCCCGGCCGCUCCCGGGGGCAGCUGCCCGGCCCUGUCAGCGCGUGACACUCGGCGGGGGCGGCCGGCCGGGGCCGUGCUCCUGGCAGGGGGGCGUCCCCAUGCCUCCGCGCGCCCGCUGACCGUCGGGGCCGGCGCCGCGGCCGCGGGGGGCUCGGCUCGGGGGCGCGGGGGGCGCCUUCGCCCAUGAGCUGCAUGAAAGGGCCGCUGCACCCGGAGCACCGCGCCGCCGGGACCCAGCUGUCGGCCGCCUGUCACCACCCCCCGCCGCUGCCCAUGGCCUCGGUCCUGGCGCCCGGGCCGCCCCGCGCCCUGGACGCCGCGUCCAAGCACCGGCUGGAGGUGCACACCAUCUCCGACACCUCCAGCCCCGAGGCCGCAGAGAAAGAAAAGAGCCAGCAGGGGAAGAAUGAGGACGUGGGCGCCGAAGACCCGUCCAAGAAGAAGCGGCAGCGGCGGCAGCGAACUCACUUCACCAGCCAGCAGCUGCAGGAGCUGGAGGCCACUUUCCAGCGGAACCGCUACCCCGACAUGUCCACGCGCGAAGAAAUCGCCGUGUGGACCAACCUGACGGAAGCCCGAGUCCGGGUCUGGUUCAAGAACCGCCGGGCCAAAUGGAGAAAACGGGAGCGCAACCAGCAGGCCGAGCUGUGCAAGAACGGCUUCGGGCCGCAGUUCAACGGGCUCAUGCAGCCCUACGACGACAUGUACCCAGGUUACUCGUACAACAACUGGGCCGCCAAGGGCCUCACGUCGGCCUCCCUGUCCACCAAGAGCUUCCCCUUCUUCAACUCCAUGAACGUCAGCCCCCUGUCGUCCCAGGGCAUGUUCUCCCCGCCCAGCUCGAUCUCGUCCAUGAGCAUGUCGUCCAGCAUGGUGCCCUCGGCGGUGACGGGCGUCCCCGGCUCCAGCCUCAACAGCCUGAACAACUUGAACAACCUGAGCAGCCCCACGCUGAACUCCGCCGUGCCCACGCCCGCCUGCCCGUACGCGCCGCCGACGCCCCCCUACGUUUACAGGGACACGUGUAACUCGAGCCUGGCCAGCCUGAGACUGAAAGCCAAGCAACACUCCAGCUUUGGCUACGCCAGCGUGCAGAACCCGGCGUCCAACCUGAGCGCGUGCCAGUACGCCGUGGACCGGCCCGUGUGAGCCGCGGCCCCGCGCCCGCAGCCUCGCGCCGCGCCCGGGGAACGGACGCAACGCACGCACAGAACGCAAUGCUGCCCUUGAAAGACUGGGAGUGAGGCGAGAAGGUCGUGGGCCGGGGACGAGAAGAGGGGGGCCCGGGAAAGGAAACCACUGAAUUCGCGAGAGCGCCCCUUUGAUUUCAGAGGAACUUCCUCCACGUCUGACAUCUUUCGACUCAACUCUUUCCAACAGUCGCAAAGGACACGCGCGCGCCAAAUGUUUGACUGGAUAUGACAUUUUAACAUUACUAUAAGCUUGUUAUUUUUUAAGUUUAGCAUUGUUAACAUUAAAAUGACUGAAAGGAUGUAUAUAUAUCGAGAUGUCAAAUUAAUUUUAUAAAAAGCAGUUGUUAGUAAUAUCACAACAGUGUUUUUAAAGGUUAGGCUUUAAAAUAAAGCAUGGUAUACAGAAGCGAUUAGGAUUUUUCGCUUGUGAGCAAAGGAAUGUAUAUACUAAAUGCCACACUGUAUGUUUCUAACAUAUUAUUAUAAAAAAAAACGUGUGAAUAUCAGUUUUAGGAUAGUUUCUCUGGUGGAUGCAAUGUUUCUGAAACUAUGUACAACCUACCCUGUGUAUAACAUUUCGUACAAUAUUAUUGUUUUACUUUUCAGCAAAUAUGAAAAAAAUGUGUUUUAUUUCAUGGGAGUAAAAAUAUACUGUAUACAAACUGGU